AAGAAAUAAUAAUGUAAUAAAAUAAUAGAAAAUGGAAAACAAAGGCAAAAAUCUCCUCCAGCUUUUCCUCUAUCAUUUCCUACCCUCUUUUCUCUCUAUCCCCCAACAUUCAUUUUGUUAAAACCUAUCGAGAAAUCGUUAUUUUUUUCCCGAAAAUUCGAAUUUGUUCGUCUUCAGAUCCGUGGAUAACAUUCGAAUUGCUGCCUUUUCUGCCGUGGAAUUUGCGGCAUUUUGUUUUGGUUUCUGGUGUAAAGUUAAUUUCUUUUUUGUAAUAUUUUGAUCAGAGAUUCCCUUUUGGGGGAUUGUUCUUCAAUCGCAUUGGAUCGGUUCAGCAAUGUCGGUUGAUGGUUCGAGAAUUAGGGUUUCUAUUCGCCGUUUGUGAGUGGGGAUUUAGGGUUUGAUUCUUCCGGUAAUGUAGAUUUGGGGUUUCAUUUUUGGUGGUGGUAGAUCAGGGGUUGCUGGAUUGUGAAGGAGAUUUUAGGGUUGUGAUUUUCCUGGUCAAUGAGGAGGAUUGAUUAACUUGUAAGCGCUGUUUUUCGAGGUUCUGGUGCAUCUUUUAAUUGGAGAUUGAGGGAUUUAAAGGAAUUUUCGGUGGAUUAUUGAAGAACUAGGAGGUCUCUGUGUAUAUCGAUUAGCGUGUAAAAUUUGGUAGCUGUGAGUUUCUUUGGAGAUUUAAGGACUUCGGUGGAGGAUUUGAAGACGGAUCGGUGAGGCAUCAGUUGUAUUUGUUUUAGUAUGGUGAAUUUGAUUGGAAUCUAAACAACGAAAGGGUAAGAUUACUAUCGUAUUCAAGCGAUUGGGUUGGAGCUUGCUUAACGGGAUUGUAUCAUGGAGCAUGUUAUUGGGGGAAAGUUUAAGCUUGGGCGGAAGAUCGGGAGUGGAUCUUUCGGUGAGCUUUAUCUAGGGGUUAAUGUUCAAAGCGGAGAGGAAGUGGCUAUCAAGUUGGAAUCUGUGAAGACUAAACACCCUCAACUUCACUAUGAAUCAAAGUUAUAUAUGCUUCUUCAAGGUGGAACGGGAAUUCCCCACCUCAAAUGGUUUGGAGUUGAAGGUGAUUACAACGUAAUGGUUAUUGAUCUUCUCGGGCCAAGCCUUGAAGACUUGUUCAACUACUGCAAUCGGAAGUUCUCCCUGAAAACAGUACUGAUGCUUGCUGAUCAAUUAAUUAACAGAGUUGAAUAUAUGCAUUCAAGGGGCUUUCUUCACCGUGAUAUAAAGCCUGAUAACUUUUUAAUGGGUUUAGGGCGUAGAGCAAAUCAGGKAUACAUCAUUGACUAUGGCCUUGCAAAAAAAUAUAGGGAUCUUCAAACUCAUAAGCACAUACCAUACAGAGAAAAUAAGAAUCUCACAGGAACAGCUCGAUAUGCAAGUGUUAACACGCAUCUUGGAGUUGAACAAAGCAGGAGAGAUGAUCUGGAGUCUCUUGGCUAUGUGCUUAUGUACUUCUUAAGGGGAAGCCUUCCCUGGCAGGGGUUGAAAGCUGGCACUAAAAAGCAAAAGUAUGAUAAGAUCAGUGAAAAGAAAAUGCUAACUCCCAUAGAGGUGCUUUGCAAAUCAUAUCCCUCGGAAUUCUUAUCAUAUUUCCACUAUUGUCGAUCAUUGCGGUUUGAAGACAAACCAGAUUAUUCUUAUCUGAAGAGGCUUUUCCGGGACUUAUUUAUUCGAGAAGGCUAUCAGUUUGACUAUGUAUUUGACUGGACCAUUUUGAAGUAUCCACAGAUAGGUGCAAAUCCCAGAACACGGCAAUCCAGUGUAAAACCAGCCCUAAAUGCAGGGCCCUCUGUAGAAAGACCAGAGAGGACUUCAGUGGGACAAGAAAUUCGAGAUAGAUUCUCAGGUGCAGUUGAAGCAUUUGCUAGAAGAAACAGUUCUGUUACUGGUCUGCAUGGGGAUCACUCCAAACACAAGAUGCCAGAGGAUGCAUCUUCACCCAAGGAUGUUCAAGCGGAUUCAGAAAGAGGGCGUCCAUCCUCUAGAAAUGGCAGCUCAAAGAGGGCUGUCGUCUCAAGCAGCAGGCCAAGCUCCUCUGGUGAACCAAGUGAGAGUCGGUCAAGCCGGUUGGUUUCAGGGAGUGGCCGCCUAUCUACGACUCAGAGAAUCCAGCCUGGAUACGAGUCCAAAUCAUCAUCCCUCUCCCGUGCUGCAGUCACAAGAGGUGCUCGUGAUGACACUUUCCGGAGCUUUGAGCUUUUGUCAAUUGGCACAGAAAAGAGGAAGUAAGGGAGUGAUCCAUCUGACAAGUAAGAAGAGAUCACUUUUUACACAAAGGGAAAAUUCCCGCGUGCUGUUUCUGUUUAGUUUUGAGCGUAUGUUAUCUUUCCUCUGUAUAUGCCAAUAUCCGUCCCCAGAUUUUCAGCACCACCCAAUCUCAGUGACGUUCUUCUUUAAGAUCAUUUCCAGUCAUCUUUGAUUACAGGUACGGCCAUUAUAUUGUGUUGUAGACUCCAAGAAAGAAAUCUCACUUUAGGAAAUUGUCAAUAUGUCUGAGACUUGGAUAGUUGUAAUAAUAUUGUUAUCCAUCUGCUCAUCCCCUUCUACCAAAAGGAGAAAAAAAAAGCUCAUCCCCCGAGUCAAAAAAAGAAUGUUAUUUGGUACUUCAUACUCUUUGGUCUUUGCAAAACUUCUGCAUGGAUUACAAUUGCAUAUAAAAAUUAUAAACAGUGGUAUGU